GAUAAGAACGAUGGUCACUCACACCUGGCGCAAAAUUCACAGAGCUGAGGAUUAUUCAUAACUCAGCUGCCACCAUGGAGUCAUCACUCUUGCAUGUUUUCCUGCAAAUUUUCCUCUUCACCCUAGCUACCUCUUCAGAUCUCUCAGGGCUUAUCUGCGAGGGAAAUGCCGACUGCGCGGAUAUUGCUGGAUCCACUUGCAACACCAACUUGAAAUUAUGCGAAUGUUCUGGAAAUCAGAUUUUAAGCUCAACCAUGCAGAAAUGUUUGGCAGUGGUGCACGGAGCUGGUGACGCGUGCGAAGAAGACGUUCAGUGUUCUGCUGCUUUAUUAAACGGUGGAACGUGCCAAAACGGAAAAUGUGGUUGCACUGACGGCAUGCACUACCUCCGAGGAAGGUGCUGGACCUCAAAGGCGCUUGGAGCAGAUUGCAACUCGGACGAUGAAUGCGCUUCUCUGGUGGAGGCGAAUUCUGUGCAGUGCUUGGACAACAAAUGCCAGUGCGCCGAAGGAUUUUACCAGAGAGAAUAUUCAGACUGCAGAAAGAGGGUGGAAAAUAUUGGUGAGCCGUGCGCUUUGAACUCAGAUUGCACUUACGACGGAGGCUUCUGCAACACAUCUAAAUUAUGUGAUAUUAUAGCUGUUAGAGGAAAGCUCAAGGUUAACCACAAAGUGACUAAAAGUAACAAUACAUUUAUGCACGCUGCCACAAAAAGAGGGAACAAAGAGUUGGGAGCGGCUUGCAGCUCUGACCCAGAAUGCAGUACACUGAAUUCCGAGUGUCCUCCGUCUGGAUACUGCAAAUGUAAAACAGGUUUCUUCAAAUCUCCCACUGAAGACAAGUGUAUUCCUGAAAUCGGGGGCCCGUGCACUCAGAACGAAGAUUGCGUUAUUAAGGGAUCAAGCUGUGACGGCUCUGUGUGCGUUUGCGGAAUGGGAACUGCGGCGUCGGCAACUAAGCAGGAGUGCUUGAACCAAACUAUUGCCUACAACAGACGCUGCUCUGAAAUUUCUCAGUGCACGCUCUUUGGCACGAGAGUUGAGUGCAAAUCAAACGGAGGAAGUUCAAAUUGCGUCUGCGGCGCCUCUUCACGCCACAUCGUAGAAGAUAACAUUUGCUGGAUUGUAAAAGGUCCUGGUCAGGAAUGCUCUGACGAGAGGGACUGCAGUGUCCCUUACAAAACCAACGAGUUCUCUGACAUGUACAUCGAUUGCGUUGGCAACAAAUGCACGUGCAAUGAAGGCUAUCACCCAAGUAGCGACGGCAGCAAUUGCAACUUGGAUGCACCAGAUCUAGGAGACACGUGCACAGAAAACAGCGACUGCCAAGUGGGCAACUCGAUUUGUGACACGAAAACAAAAAUGUGCGUGUGCAAAACAGGAUACUACGCGGAUAGCGAAGGCGCCUGUGCUGUCGGCGUUGGCGGAUCGUGCUCCGUGUCAGAAGACUGCGCCUCUGUGGCUAAUUCAGAGUGCACGGCAAACAAGUGCCAGUGCCCGGCCGGCUGGACGUCCAAUUUAGCCAUUUCGGAAUGUUUGCCAAUCACUAACGGCUUGAACGAGGAGUGCGCCGAAAGUCAGCAGUGCACGCCUUCGCUUGGCGAAUUCGGCGAGUGUCGUGACGAGCUGUGUCAGUGCCAAAAGAAACACCACUUGGUGCUGGGCACAUGCACCCCUUCGAAGGGUCUGGGCGACGACUGCAGCAAGGGCUACGAGUGUUUCCUCCCCGUCAGCACCGAGGGGCUAGUGUGCCGCAAUAACAAGUGCUCCUGCGAUUACGGUCUCGUGCCUGCGGAAAACAAUGCCUACUGCACCGGUUCAGCGGCGCGCGCCACCGUGGGAUUCUUCACCCUCACCGUCGCGUUUCUCCUCGUCUCGCUCAAAUGAAAAAUUGGUCAUUAGGCAACAUACCUCUCUCUCUAAGUCUAUCACAUUAUAUGUAAAUAAAUAUUUUUUAUUUAUUUUUACAAUUGU